AUGAUUCCUAAUGUUGGCAUCAAGAUGGGCAAUUAUUCUUUUCUGGCUUCCCCGAUGGUUCUUGGUGAUUCUGAUAUUGACCUCGUCCUCGACAUGGAUUGGCUUUCUAAGCACAAGGCUUUUCUUGAUUUUGCUGCCAAGGAAGUUAAAUUGACUAAUCCUGUUGAAGAUAUUCGCAUUCCUGAAGAAGAUAUCCCAAAGACAGCUUUUAGAAUGAGCUUUGGUUCUUAUGAAUAUACUGUCAUGUCUUUCGGGCUUGCAAAUUCCCCUCCAACAUUCUCUCGCAUGAUGAACUUCAUCUUCAACCCCUACACCAAUGAAUUUGUCCUGAAAAGAAAAGAAAAGCUGCAGUGGGUAGCCAAGCAGCAGCACAGCCUACCUGGGCCCCGGCCUCCAGACCGCCACUCCCGCGCCGCCCCGCUCCCUGCUGGCGCUACCGCCUGCGCCUGCUGCGAGCUGCUCUGCGCCGCCUCGCCUCACCCUCGCUACGGCCAUCGCCACCACACGCGCACGCCACCCGCGUUCGCGGUGCACCACACGCGCCCGCUCGCAUCGCCCCCUGCCACUGGUGCUUUAGCUGCCAUCGUCGCCUGCGGCUCGUCGCACCCGCCUCCGCCCAACCUUGCCGCUUGCUGCUCCGAGCGAGCCACCCCGCGCCCUCCUCCGCCUGGCCGCGCCAGCUCCGCCCGACCGCGCCGCCCACGCCUGUCGUCCGUCCCGCCCCGCCUCGCCUCUGCCCCACCGCCUGAGGCCGCCGCCACCUCUUCUCCUGCGCUCGCCCGCGCCGCCCCUGCCGUUGCCUCGCCGGCGCCACCGCCCCCCCUGCGCCGGCCCCCUGCCGGGUCCGCCCGCACUGGGCGUGCGCCCGCUCGGGCGCGUCCUACGCCCACGCCCGCUAGCGGCGCCCGAUAG